CUUCCGCUGCACAGAAAGCAGUGCUGCUAUUCUGUUUUAAAGAAGCCUGUGGAUACUUUUUUCACUCUGGAUAACACUAUAUUUUUGUUUUUUACUUUACAUAUAAAGUACACAAUUUGUUGGAUUACAUGAGGAUACCUGUUACCCCUCUGUUUAGAGGAAAGGUUUAAGUUAUGGACAUCCAAAACUCACCAAAACCUUGGAAAUGGCAAGUAAUGUUUUCCUUUUUUCUAUGUAGCUGGGGCUGUGUUUCAGGGCAGCGUCAGUAUUCUAUUGUGGAAGAAUCAGAGCCAGGGACUUUUGUAGGAAAUGUUGCUCAGGAUAUGGGAAUAAAAGAGAUUUCUAAGAGGAGACUGAAGAUGGGAUCAGGGAUAAGCAGACAAUAUUUUGCUGUUAAUGGGGAAAAUGGAGAUUUGACUGUUAAUGAAAAGAUAGACAGAGAGUCUCUCUGUGGAUCCAGUUCAAGCUGUUUAUUACCUAUUGAAGUAAUUGCUGAAAAUCCUUUGGAACUACAUCGCUUAGGGAUUAAUAUUCUUGACAUAAAUGACAAUCCUCCUAUAUUUUCAAUGGCUGAGCGUACUAUAAGGAUCACAGAGUUGUUAGCAAGUCUUGGCACAAGAUUUCCCCUUGAAAGUGCACAUGAUAUGGAUGUGGGAACCAAUAAUAUUAAACAAUAUAGACUGGAUCCAAAUCCCUACUUUACAUUGUCUGUGAAAAACCGGAAGGAUGGGAUGCUAAUUCCUGAGUUGGUGCUGGAAAAAAUAUUAGACAGAGAGGAAAUACAAGAGCAUCAUCUAACCCUGACUGCUAUUGAUGGAGGUGAUCCCCCCAAAUCAGGCACUUUACAAAUACAUGUCAUAGUUCUGGAUUUAAAUGAUAACGCACCCACAUUUGAUAAGGGCUACUUUAAGAUCACUUUGCAAGAAAAUAUUCCACUGAAUACUGUUAUAUUGCAGCUUAAUGCCACUGAUAAGGAUGAAGGUAUUAAUGGAGAAAUAGAAUAUUUGUUUGAUGAACACACUCCAGAUUCUAUUAAAAAGGUAUUUAAUUUAAAUCAAAACACAGGCGUCAUUUCUACUAAGGGACCAAUCGAUUUUGAAGAAUCAAGUGUGUAUGAAAUAUCUAUCAGGGCUAAGGACAAGGGAGUAUCAGAAUUGGAGGGACAUUGUGUUAUACAGGUGGAGGUUCAAGAUGCUAAUGAUAAUCCUCCUGAGAUUAUUGUAACCUCAUUAAUGAAGGAAAUUCCUGAGGAUACAGCAGUUGGAACCGUUGUUGGACUUUUUAGUGUAAAAGAUAAGGAUUCUGGUACAAAUGGGAUAGUAAAAUUAGAAUUAUCAUCAGAUUUACCUUUUAAGUUCAAAUCAUUAGAUGAACAUUACUCCUUAGUCACAGAUGGGGUUCUUGAUAGAGAAAAAAUAUCUCAAUAUGUAAUUGAGAUAAUUGCCAGAGAUAUGGGGUCCCCUCCUUUGCACACACAGCAAAUAAUUAUUUUUAAUAUUUCAGACAUUAAUGAUAACCACCCUGUUUUUUCACAAGCUGCCUUUAGUGCAAGUGUAACAGAAAAUAAUGAGCCAGGUCAGUUACUUGUUCAGGUAUCUGCUUUUGAUCCUGAUGAAGGAGGUAACACAACCUUAACCUAUUCUAUACUUGACAGCCAAGUGGCGGGUUCCCCAAUUUCAUCAUAUGUAUAUAUAAACUCAAAAAGUGGUAAUAUUUACGCACAACGUUCAUUUGACUUUGAACAAGUCCAGGUGUUGGAAAUCCCAGUACGAGUGGAGGAUUCUGGAUUACCAAAAUUGUUUUCUGAAACUACUGUAUUAAUCUUCAUCUUGGAUGUAAAUGAUAAUGCCCCUACUAUACUAUAUCCUGCACAUUCCAAGGAAUACAUUGUCCAGCAGAAAAGUCCAAAGUUUUCUUCUGGUGGAUACUUGGUCACAAAAGUGACAGCUGUGGAUUCAGACUCUGGACACAAUGCAUGGUUGUCAUAUAGGAUUAUAGAGGCCUCAGAUCCAUCUUUGUUUCAUAUAACUGCUCAUACAGGAGAGAUAAGGACGCUUAGAAAUUUAGAAGAAACUGAAAGUUCUGAACAGAGCCUUGUUAUUUCAGUCAGUGACAAUGGGGAGCCAUCUUUAUCAGCAACAGUCACUAUAAUUUUGACAUUAGAUGAUACAGCAGUACAUGAUAAUGCUAAAUCUCCUGAACUCUUUAAAAGUUCUGGAAAUAAUUCUGAGUUAACCAUGUAUUUAAUUAUUUCACUGGUGGCUAUAAGCUCAGUAUCUUUUAUUACUUUUAUUAUAUUACUUGUGAAAUGUCUCCGAAAGGAUAAUGGUAAUCGUGGAUGGUGUUGCGAAAAUGAACCUGAUUCAAGGAGCUACACACAAAAAUAUCAACCAACUCUUCAUCUAAACACAGAUGGAACUCUGAAGUAUAUGGAAGUGAGGAUGGCUCCGACAGAAACACAGGGUCAGUGUUACCAGUCCUGUUUUUCCACAAUAUCAGAUAAAAAUGAUUUCAACUUCAUGAGGCCACUAAAUUUUCCCCAGUUGAAAAGCAUGGUCAGUGAAACAGAGGUUUUAUUUCCUCCAGUGAAUGAUCCUGGCCAGGUGAGACUGCAAAGAUAA